AUGUGGAGGAAAAGCAGAGGCUUAGCAAGUCCGACUUCCGAGGUUUUCUUAGCUUUACGCCAAUCAGCAGACUUCUUCUUUCUUUGUCAUCUGCAACAGCAUCCGUGCGCGCUCGUUAUAAAUAAUAUCGAAAGGCGUUUCUGCACAAGACCUGCCGCACUGGCCAGGUCAUGGUAUGCGGAUCCGGCGAGCAGCACGUGUACGGGAUCAUCAAUUGCCUUGCGAAUGUAUCCUUCCGGGAACGGGUGCGCCCUGCAUCAUGUUUAUAGUAUUUAG